AUGGAGAGUAUAUGGGAGGUGGGGGGGGAGGGGAAUAACGAGUGGAAGGGGAAUCCGGGGGAGAAAAAGGAGACGUACGAGGAAUCGGGGGAGGAGGAGGGGGGAUGGAAGCUGAUGCAUGUACAUCCACACGUCUGGAGGACCGAACCCUCGGCUGAGGGGGAGGAUGGCAACGAGAAUGGCACCGACGAUGAGAAGUAUGACGAUGUUUCAGCUCGUGGGAACAGAUCAGGAGGAGGGAAGGGGGGGAAGGAAACUCGCUCAGACCUGCACAAGGGAGGGCGCGAGAAGGAAAUGGGAGAGAUGGGGAGAAAAUUCGACUUGUCACGCUGGGAGAAGGGAGCAGCAGGAGGGAACAGAACCAGGGCGCAGGAGGAGGGAAGGGAAGGAGGGGAGAAAGAGGUGAGGGAGGAGGAGGAAGAGGAGGAGACAGAAGAGGAGGAGGAGGAGGAGGAGGAGGAGGAGGAGGAGGAGGAGGAGGAGGAGGAGGAGGAGGAGGAGGGGGAGGAGGAGGAGGAGGAGGAGGAGGUGGAUGAAGAGGAGAGAUGA